GCGGAAAUAAACAAAUGGCGCUGUCGGUUCGACUGAAGGUUUGAAUUAAGCUGUGUAGUUUGUAGUUUGGGAGAAUAAUGUAAAUUCAAAUCAAAUGGCGUUCUGUUUUGUUUUCCUGUAGAAUUGAUUUCAGACUGAAAUGUUAGACCCUUACAUUUCUAAACAAUUCCUUCACGUGUUCACCAUGUGUUCAAACCAAAGCACAGCCAUUCAGAUAUUAUGACAUGAUUGACUCUGAUAUAGCAUUUCCUUUUAAUCAGGAAUUACUGAAUGCAGACAGUAGAGCAGGCUAGUUAUAAUUUCUAUGCCCAAGUUUAAUUAGAGUUGAUGCCAUGGACUGGAGUGCGACAGAACCGAGCAUCCAGUCUGCUGAACAGCACGUGGAAAGCAGCGAGUGUGUGGACGCGAGAAAUAAAACUGAUGGAGAGAAGGCUGAGAAUCACACUGUUAACAUAAGCUUCUGCGGAUCCACGCCUUUGCUGUGGAGGGCAGCCGACAUUAGAAAGUGUAGAGAAGAGGUCGGGGUGAUCGGGACUCUUGUGGGGUCUCUGGCCAGACAGCCAAGGCAGAAUGUCAGACUGGGAAGACCUCUGGAAAUCCUGCAGGAGGAGGCUCGGCUGCUGGUGGAGACUGGAAAAGCGACUGCUGUACGGCAUAAAGAGCUGUCUGAAACCGAAGAAAGUCGUUUGAAGGCAGCUGAGUUGUACCAGGCCAGACUAGAGCAGAGUUAUGAGGAGCAGUGUGCCCUCGCUCUGGAGAACAAGAAGGCUGUACUGCAAAGAGUAAUCACUGAGAAACAGAAUGAUAAAAAGGGUAAUGAGGGAGCAGAGCAGGCAGUAAAAGAACGACUUGAGUCUGUGGAGAAGAGCUUCUCAUUCCCUCGUUCUGCCAUGGCUGUCCAACUCUGCACUGCUCGUGCUGGCUUCAGUCACUGUCCUGAGGAACAUGCUUUCUUGGCUGCUGAUUGGCCAAUGCCUAGAGACAAGCGCUCGGAGACGAGAUUCCGGGUUUAUAAGGAUCUUAGGAGGAAAGGCUUCUACCUAACUGCAGCAGGGAAGUUUGGAGGAGAUUAUCUGGUGUAUCCAGGUGAUCCACUCCGCUUUCACGCCCACUUCAUUGCCCUGUGCUUGCCUAUGGAUGAAAAGUUACCGCUCUCUGAUGUUCUUGCUAUAGCAAGGCUCGGAUCUAAUGUAAAGAAAACAGUGCUACUUUGCUCACCACAGGAUACCAGUGAGAGUGAAGAGGAAAUAGAGGAGGUUGUGUAUUCAUCUCUGCAGUGGAGUGGAAUAGUAUAGCAUACAGAGUAAUUAGACCCAGAGGAGUGUUCUUCUUGUCUUUCAGGACUUAAUAAGCUGGUGGACUGAGCCUGAUUAAAUGAAUGAAUAUUAUAAAAUUAAAUCUGUUAAUUUUCCCAUGA